AUGUAUUAAAAAGUUGUAAAUUUGGUACAAGUUGCUGAUAUGUUUGGAGCUGAUAUAACAUUGAAUAUUUAAAAUAAAGGAAAAUUUACUUCCUUUUUUGGAGGUUUCAUGAGUUUAGUAGUAUGGAUUGCUAUGCUAUACGUGUUUAUUUCAUAAGGAAUGGACUUAAUUAAUAGAGAAGAUUAAUAAGUACGACUUUCUUUAAGAAUAAGGCUAUCACAAGAACAAUUAAUGAUAUAAGUCCAAAUGCUAGAGUUCUCAAUAUCUCCAAUUUUAUGAUAGGAAUUAAGUUAGAUGACCCCUUAUAAAUCUUAUUUAAUACCACAAAUUAGACAAUGUUCAACAUUACAAUAUAUUAAAAUCACAUAACUACAUUUCCUAAUAAAACUAGAAUUAAAACAGUUAAUACAAGUCUAAUUUUAGAACCUUGUACUAGUGAACAUUUUUCAUCAUUAAAUUUGAUAUCGGAUUCAGAUCAAAUGGAAAGUUAUACUGCAUAUUUUUGCCUACCUUUAAAUUAUUCUUUUGUUUUGGAAGGCACAUACAAUUCUUAAAGUUUUUAAUAUACUUCAAUUAAAGUUUCUGCUUGUAAAGGUUCAUCAUAAUGUUUCUCUAAUGAUUAAUUAAGUUUAUUACCUGAAAGGCAGGCAUUUAAAUUAUCUACUUUAAUGUUUACUACUAUUAUAAAUCCUUUUUCUAAUGAUGAAAUUAUUUCUCAAUAACUUUUUUAAGAUUUUUAUCAAUAAACCAAGAAAUUCUAAGAGCAGGUGUCAGAUAUUUUUUUAGAGCCAAAUACUCUUUAGAUUGAUAACUCAAUUUUUCCUUUUGAAGAAGAUUCUUUCUUUGGAGAAUAUUGGUCAUUCCGUUUAGGAAAUAUAAGAAGUUUUACUGUAAAAUAUUUAUUAAAUAAUUUAGAAUGAUUAUGCAGAACCAACUAAUUAUUUUACAGUGAAUCUUAGAAUUUCUUCAGAAUAUUAUUCUUCAUAUAUAUCAUACAAAAAAUUUGGUGAUUUCAUUUCUUUUAUAGGUGGUACUUUAAAAGUGAUAACUAGUUUAAUAGGGAUUAUUGUUAUUAAAUAUAAUACAAUAGGAUUUAAAUUAAUGUUAGCUAGUACUCUUUAUUAGUGUAAAAUAGAUGAUGUUUCUCAAUCUCAAAAAAAAGCAGAAUAAAAUGAUAUUUUUAAAUUUAUUUAAAAAGAGAAAGAAAAAGCAGAGGCUAUGUUACAAAGAUUUAGAGGAUCAACAAAAAAAUUGUUUUAAUUCAAUAAAGUUACUGGUAUUUUUAAAUCUUAAAGAUUUACUUAAGUCUAUAAAUCAGAUGCAGAACUCCUCAAAGAUAUUUAAUAAUAAUCUAAUCUUAAAGAAAUAGAUUCAGUAAAAUUAGAACCAACUAGUCAUGAACAUGGAUCUAUAGACCAUCUAAAGGAUGCUUUCAUAUAAAACAUGGUUUAACAUUUGCUUAUGGCUAAUGAAAAAAUUAAAUUGGGAUUGAAUUUUGUAGUUUAUUAUCUUUCCUGUUUUAGACAUUUCGAAAGAUAUAAAAGAAUUUAUAUUGUCCUACAAAAAUCAACAAUCAAUAUUAAUAAUGAUUUAGAUAUUGUACUAAUCUUAUAAAAGCUUUAAGAAAUUAAUAAAAUAAAAUAUUUAUUACUUGACAAACAUCAAUUGCAACUUUUUAAUUACAUUCCUUAACCAAUAAUUACAUGGCAUGGACUAUAAGGAAAUGACCAAUAAUUAUAAAAGAAUACUAUAGCCAAACUUAAUGUAAUAGGUAAAGUAUCUAGAUAUGAUACUCGAAGCAAAAUGUUAAAAUUAUUUAGAGCAUAUGAAGAAGUAAAAAUGGAUGAAAAUUAAAAACAAAUUAAUUCUAGAAUUAUUGAAUAAUUAGGACCUAUUGUUUAAAAUGUCUUCCAAUAAUCUCAUUAAAUAGCAGAAGACUAUAAUAAGAUGAAAUAAGAGGAAGAAAUGCAUAUCAAAUCCAAAAAACAACCUCCCUUAAAUACUAUGAAUAUUUCUUAACGUAAUUUAAUAUAGACUUAUGGUCCAAAUUAUUUGUAAUCAAAAUCAGAUGCAAUCGAAAUUGAGGACAUUGUUUUUGAGUGA